AUGGACUCAAACCAAGAAUUGUCGAUGGACCUUCCCGUCAUCGACCUCGACGUCUACCUCAACAACCCUCUCGACUCCGAGGCAGUCCAGGCCGAGUGUCGGAAAGCGGCCAACGCCCUCAUCACCUACGGCGCCCUGGUCCUCCACGACUCCCGCGUCUCGGAGCAGGACAACUCGACCUUUCUUGACAUCCUCGAAGACUACUUUGCCCAGCCCGAAGAGGACCUCAGGAAGGAUGAGAAGCCCGAGCUGAGCUACCAGAUCGGUGUGACACUAGAGAACACCGAGAAGCCCAAGUGCGCCGUCGAUGAGCCGUGUCUGGAUGUGAUUCAGAGGCUGCAUCCGUCUCAGAGACCGCUGGAUAUCUCGGCGCAUUCGCCGGAUCCGAAGUGCAGGUUCUUUUGGAGGAUGGCAGAGAUUCCGCCGUUCAAGACUGAGUUUCCGGGGCUGAAUGCUUCGAAUAUCGUGCCUGAGGCGCCGCAUAUUAAGGAGCGGUGGACGCCGGCUAUGAAUCAGUGGGGAACGUCUAUGAAGAAUGCUGUGUCGAAACUGGCAGAGAUGACGGCUGUUGGUUUGGAUCUGCCAGCUGAGUUCUUCAGCGACGCUGGACGUUAUGGACCACAUCUUCUCGCCCCCACAGCCUCUGAUCUCAACAAGUACGGCGAGAAGGAUACCAUCCUCGCUGGCUUUCACACAGACCUCAACUUCCUCACCAUUCACGGGCGCUCCAGGUAUCCCGGCCUUCACAUCUGGGCCCGCAACACCGGAAACCGCAUCCCCGUCAAGAUCCCUCCCGGAAACUACCUUCUUGUCCAAGCGGGCAAGCAGAUCGAGCACAUCACCGGCGGCCUCAUCAAGGCGGGCUUCCAUGAAGUUGUCGUCAACGAGAAGACGAUUGAGACGAUUGAGAAGCGCAAGCGCGAGUUUCCCGAUAGACCGCUGGUUCGAAUCUCGAGCACUCUUUUUUGGCACCUGGGAAGUGACUUUGAUCUUGUUCCGGUUCCGAAACUGGUGCAGCGGGCGAAGGAGGUUAGAGAGAAGCAGAAGGAGCUGGGCAGGGAUGAGGGACGAGAGGGAGAGUAUCCGGCCAUGAAGGUUGGACGCCAAGUGCAAGAGGAACUCAAGCACAUUGCGUUGAUGGCGUGA